AUGAGCGAUACUUCCGAUAAGGGAGAAAAGCUUGUCCACCGUCCGGAUACGAAUACCCCUACCUAUCCAUCAGGCAAACAACAUGAUCAACAGCCUCCAUCCGUGACUACCAGCGAUGUUCCUCCCACGUCAGAAGAAGCUGUAGUACCCCAAACGGAGGAUGUAGGAGAGGCAGGAAGAGCAGCUGAGAAAGACGAUGCAUCGAUAAUAACUGGUCCCGAGGAAACAACAAAUCAACCAAAUCAAGAGGACGGUCCACAACUUAGACAAAAACAACAUUUGGAUCAACAGCAAGAGGAGUCCACGAGUAUACCUACGCGUACAGAAACAGAGGAAGAGACUGCGAAUCCAGAAUUACGUCUAGAAGAUCAUGGAAUAAACCUAGAUGAUGAAGAAGGGUUCGAUCCUGCAACACUUGCUAAUCUAGCUGCUUUAUCACGUAUAGGAAAUGAAGAUGACGAAGAUAAUGAUGAACAAGGUGAAGAUGGAGGUGAAGGCAAUCAACCACGAACACCUGUGACGGGUGAUGGUGAAGGGGAAACUCAAGAAGAUGCUUUGGAAGUUAGUUCACCAAGGCAUGAAGGCCCCUUGACUAGAGAACAAGUUCAGGAAUUCGUCAAUAAUCUAAGUCAUAGGGAUAAAGACAAAGAUGCAGAUAAGGGUGAAGAUGGACAAGGAGAAAGAGAUGCCGACGAGGACAAAACUAAAGAGAAAGAAGAUCAAGCUAGUGAGAAAGAGGCGGACGGUGAAGAAGAAUUACUCGAAGUGGAUGAUUCUGAAAAGAGGAAAAGAGAUGACGAAGAUUAUGAAGAAGAGGGCAAGCAGACUGAAGGUGGGAACAAAAGGAGGAAAAGAAACAGGACAGUCUUUAAACCCAGUUUCUACUACAACGCAUUGCUAACUUGUCUCGUAUUUGGUUAUGUCGCUCCACCAGAAUGUCAUAGAAGAUGCGACCGUAAUAUACCAUGUAGUCGAUGCAUAAAGCGUGGUGUUCCCGGAAUGUGUAGAAUGGAGCAUCCAAUUGUGCCUCAACGGAAAAAGCGAAAGGUACAAGAUGACGAAGACAUCAACUACGAGCUUGGUCUACGUGUGCAAGCCCUCGAAUCGCUUUUACGUUCUGGGUCACUCAUGGACGCCGAUCAAGCAUCCGCAGCAGCAAGGGAAACCAUCAUGCACGCUACUCGAGCCGCCAAUGCGGGAUCUCAAGAUGCUAACAACGCUUUAGCACAAUUGACUCAGAGUGUAGCUGCUGGGGGUGGUAUCACAGGAAUGACACAAGAUGCUCAGUCCAGUUUGCUUUUGGAUGUUUUGCAACAGCUUACUGCUGCAAGUAUGGGAAGACCACUGAAUCAAAAUGGCUCAGGAGAAGGCGGGAACCGCAGAGGACUUGAUGUGUGGUCAUCGAUACCGCAAGCUUCGCAGGAAACAUCUGUGGCCAUCGCAUCAGCAUAUGAGGCUGAUGAAUUACCAACCAAGAUCAACCUUUCAUUACCUGGUUUCAGGGAAGAUAACGGUAAGAUCUUCAUACCUCCCACAGUAAGGUAUGUGGAAAAGAAUCUGCGGAAUGAGAAUAUAUUGGCAAGAGAAGCUUUACCCAUAGAAGGGUAUGCACCAUUCUUAGAUGUUGGAGUGAGGUUCGCAUAUGGAGUGGACAGUCAGCCGUAUCGACAUCGAAGGAUAUCUGCUAUUCAAGCUUUAUCAUUAACAGGAGCUCUAAGAUUGGCUGCUACCUUUUUGUCACGUUUCCCUUCCGUACCAAUUACUAAAACGGUAUUUGUACCUUCUCCAACAGCAGAUGAAGAUACGACAGCUCUACAAGAUGCAGGAUUGGAGAUUCGUUCAUUCCGUUUCCUGGACAUGAAGACCGGAAGUGUAGAUUGGGAAGGGCUAAGAGAAGAUCUACAAGACGCACCUGUUAAAUCUAUUGUUCUGCUGCAAGUCAGUGGAAGUAUGCCAAGUGGCGCAGAAUUGACAACUAACCAAUGGCGAAUAUUAGCCACCUUACUUCAAGAACGCCAACUUAUUCCUUUGGUGAUGAUGGCUUUCCAAGGAUUGUCAACUGGAGAUACAAAUAGAGAUGCUCAAGCUUUGAGAUUCAUGGUACAUGAAGGAUUACCUGUUGUUUUGAUCCAAAGCUUUGAUGCGAUGAUGGGUCUAUAUGCCGACAGUCCAGCUAUAAUAUCUAUUGUAACCCAAAAUGCGGAAGACAAAGAUAGAGUGGAUUCUCAGCUUCGAUCAGUAGCUAGAGGAAUGUGGUUCCAUCCUUCACCGUGGGGUGCUCAAGUCGCUCAUCAGAUCUUAUCGGAUGCGAAACUAUAUCCUGCAUGGCUCGCCGAGAUAAAAGCAAUGUCUGAUCGGUUAAGAAGUGUUCGAGAGAAACUAUACGAUCUUCUAGCGAAUAAACUCAAGACACCUGGAACGUGGCUUCAUUUCAAGCGAGCGAGUGGGAUGUAUUGUACUGCUCUACUACCGCCUUCUCAAGUAGAAUCGUUAACUACCAAACGUCAUGUCCAUCUACUCCCGGACGGAUGUUUCAACUUGGGAUGUCUAAACGCGCCCAAGAUAGAUAUCCUAGCACGAGGAAUAGAUUACGUAGUGAGAGAAGGUAUCAAAGAAGCUGAAGAACAAGCCGCUCAGAGAUUAGCCAUGGAAUUAGCACUAGCGGCUGCGAAAGAACAGCAAGCUAGAGAAGAAGCUGAAGCGCUGGCAUUGGCAGAAUUGGCAGAAGCUCAAGCUGCAAGAGAAGAAGAUACGUUAUUGAUGGAACGAUCAAUCGCCAAUGCAAUUGAAGCUCAAAGAAAAGCAGAAGAAGAAGAAAGUCAAAAGGAACAACAACAGAAAUUGGAUGAAAUUCAAUUGAAAAAAUUAAAGGAAAGACAAGAAAUAGCAAGACAAGCCGAAGCUAUUUUGGCCACAAUAUCAGGUCAUUAA